AUGCGCCAAUCGGACGGCCAGAGUGAGAGCUCCCAAGCUCCGCAAUGGCUGUCCUCUCCGUCCGGAGUCCUUGCGCAGACGCGCAGAACGCGCGGAGACGGCCGAACGCGCGGAGAGGAUAAGCUCUUGUCCCCCUCCUCCCCACACCUUCUCCGCUUUCCCGGCUUUCCUGGUUUCCCUUUCCCUCUCCCCCACCUCUAUCCUGCACCGCGCGCGCAGCCCUUUGAGCAACCGCUGGUCAUCCCGUUUCUUCCCCUCCCCGCUCUUCCCCUCCCCGCUCUUCCCCUCCCCGCUCUUCCCCUCCCCGCUCUUCCCCUCCCCGCUCUUCCCCUCCCCAUUCUUCUCCUCCCCUCCCCACUCUCCCACUCUCCCUUCUCCCCCACCCAAAACUUCAACCCGCGCGCAGACGUUUCGUCGCGCGCGCAGUCGUUCCGCGUGAGCUCGAAUCCCGCGCUGGCGGAGCUGAAGCUGGAGCACCUCAACCGCUUCUUCCGCAGCCUCACCGUGGCUUAUAACGAGUCGGAGGAGUGGUGGGAGCCCGAGCUUUCCGUCGACUGGCGAUGGGACGACCGACUCAAGCCCGUGCUGGGGCUGCGCACGGAAGGGGCCUGCAAGGCCUCGUGGGCAAUAACGGCCGUGACAGCCGUGGAAAUGGCAUACGCGAUAGUAGCUCCCGCGUAUCCCAAUCUGCCGCCCGCAGCGCGCGUAUCGGUGCAGCAGGUGGUGGACUGCGAGCCCAGCAACAGCAGCUGCAGCGGCGGCGGGUGGCCCACGUCAGCGCUGGACUACAUGGUGGACGCGACUCAGGCGAAUGGGGGCCUGGCGACCGAGGCUGCUUACCCGUACACGCAGAAGCAGGGCGUUUGCAACGCCACUAGGGCAAAGAAGCUGCUGAGAGAGAGCGCGCCCAAGGCCAUCGGGGUGAUUGGGUACGACCCGGUGGACUUCUUUGGCUGGCUGGGGCUCACGCUUGCUGUGCAGACCCAACCCACCAUUGCCUUCGUGAGAGGCAGCCAUCCCACCUUCCUAUCCUACCGCAGGGGCACGUACAACGACCGAGCGUGUGCGGCGGGGGGGGUGGUGGAUCACAGCGUGGUGGUGGUGGGGUAUGAACUGGACGACUACUACACUCUGCCCUACUGGAUCAUCCGCAAUUCCUGGGGCGACAAGUGGGGCGAGAAGGGCUACAUGCGCAUGGCGAUGGUGGGAGGAAUCGGCAUAUGUGGCAUUCACUCAGUGCCGGCCAUCUAUCCCGUCAUUAAGACCCCAUCGCCCUGCAACGAUGACAUCAACCCAUGCGGCUGGGGAGACUGUGCUGCCAACACUGACGGCCCCUCCCCGCCCUAUGUGUGCUCCUGUGCGGACGGCUUUGUACCAGUCACCAACAACGACGGCACCCCCACAUGCGCUCUAGACGACGUGUGCUCGUGGUUUGAGGGCGGCAACCCCUGUGGAGUGGGCUCGUGUCUGAGCGACAGCGAGGGCGGCUACCUUUGUCUCUGCCCGCCGGGCUUCAAGCGCGGGCUUCGGGCGGGCGGCACUGAGCUCUGUGUGCCCACCGCGGAGCGCCCCAGCAACAUCUCAUACCCCAUGGACGUGGACUGCGAGCUGGUGUAUCAGAUCUACGGGCUGGACGAGGAGCAGUUCCUCGCUCAGAACCCUGACCUGGAGAACGAUGAGGGCUGGUGUGACAUGAUUUGGGCCAACACAGUCGUCAACGUCACUCUGCCGCCCUCUGCAAUCAUCUGUGGCCUCUUCUAUUCCUGGUCCUCUAACGACACGUGUGCAGCGGUGGCAGACGGCUUCGACCUCACAGUUGCAGACCUGGAAGCUCUCAACCCGGGCGUGAACUGUACCGGGAAGAUAAAGAAGCUUCCCGCAGUGAACCAGCAGGUGUGCGUGCAGGAGGGAAACGGGGCAGACUUCCCCAUGUGCACGCAGUUCUACACCGUCCUCCCCAGCGACAACUGCAACACCAUCAUGAAGCGCUUCAAGCUCUCCCACCUCUCCUUCUACGCGCUCAACCCCGGCCUCAGCUGCGCAGCGCUCUUCCCCUACCUCAGCGGUCCCGACGAGGACGAGGACGAGGGCGACCAGGAUGGGGGGUCUACGCUCAGCGGCACUCAGAACUCCUCCUCACCGCCACCACCUCCUGUUCCUCAUAGUGACUUUUGA